UGCAUUAUCGAAGAACGAUCCAGAUUUUAUUAAAAGAAAACAGAGUUUCGUUGAUAAAAGAUUUAUUGAUCGAAUUUUCCAUAUAGCUUCGCGUCGAAACGUCGAUCGUUGUGAUGAACGCGAUUAAGAAACGCCUGCAAACGUUGAAAAUCGAGAAGGAUCUGGCGAUGGACAGGGCCGAUCUAUGCGAUCAACAGGCGAAGGAGGCGAAUCGGCGAGAAGAAAAGCUGAAGGACGAAGUUCGGGAACUGGCGAAGAAGCUGGUGCAGAUGGAACGCGACUUGGAACUGAGCAAAGCUCAGUUGGAAAAGUCGAAUAGAGAUCUCGAGCAAAAAGAGAGAGUUUAUAUCGUGACGCAAUCGGAGUUGGCGGUUCUGAACAGAAAGAUGCAGCAGUGUUUGCAGAAUUUGGAAAAAUCGGAGGAACGCCGUUUGACGGCUCAAGCAAAAUUGGCACAAGCGAUGGAGACCGCGGAAGACGCGAAACGCAUCUGCAAAGUUUUGGAGAACAGAAGUAAGCAGGACGAGGAAAGGAUGGAUCAACUGAUGGCGCAGUUGAAGGAGGCGAGGUUGAUCGCUGAAGACGCUGAUACAAAAUCGGACGAGAUCUCGAGGAAAUUGGCUUUCGUCGAAGAUGAAUUGGAAGCGGCUGAAGAAAGAGUGAAAUCGAGCGAGGCCAAGAUAAUGGAACGAGAGGACGAAUUGUUCAUCGUUGGUAACAUAUUGAAAUCUUUGGAAGUAUCUGAAGAAAAGGCUAAUCAAAGGGUAGAGGAAUUUAAAACACAGCUGAAGGAGUUGAAAGUGAAAUUGAAAGCUGCUGAAAAAAGAGCCAUCAUCGCGGAGAAGAUGGUUAAAGUGUUUUCGAAAGAGUUGGAUGCAAGAGAAGACUUCUUAUUCAGAGAGAAAGAGAAAUACAAAUACAUCUGCGACGAUAUGGAUUCCACGUUUGCUGAACUCACCGGAUAUUAGUCAAACUUUUGUAAUAUCGAACUCUGCUAUUUUCUACGCCAGUGUAUCCAUAUUGUAUCUUUUCUAU